AUGAUUGGCGGACAACACCAACAACAACCAACCCCAUACACCUCAUCAUCAACACUCCGAAAAUUAUUUGAAUACGGAGGCCAAAACGACCAUAAUGAUUUAUUGAUCGUGAUAUUCUCGUAUCUGGAUCGGUGGUUUUUGAUUCAUAUGGUUGCAAUGACUUGCAAGAAAUUCUACAAAUGUAUUCAUUUUGGUGGUAGUUAUGGAAUCAAGGGUUGUUUCAAUAAUUACUGUAAAAUGGAGAAGAAACGAAUGGAUGAUAUUUUAGGAGGAGUAUCUUCAAAUAGAACAUUGAAAUUUAGAAAUAAUUAUGAAUCUGAGUUGAGUUAUAUUAACAAUUGCUUGGAAAUGCAAUUUAAAAGUCCAUACACUGUUUGGAGAAAUGGGUGGCACUUGACUGGAAAGCCUGCUCAGCUAUUUUGUAAAAAGCGCUUAAUUUCUAGCAAUAUCGCACACUAUGAUUCGAGAGUUAAUUAUUUACAUGUCAGAUGUGACGUGAUUGGAGAUGAUAAUAACAAAGAUCAUUCACUCGAUCGAGUGUUGACAGAAAUGCUUUGCAUGUUUUUACGAUCCAACAAGACAUGUGUCAAAGUUUUGGAGUUGGAAUCUCAUAAUCUAGCAUCGGCCAGUUAUAAUUUGGAUUCAAAUUCAACCACGUAUCGAUUACUUGCAAAGCUACUCACCAACCAUGCGAACGGUAUUGAUUUACUUAAUAGCUUAGAGGGACUUGUCAUUAAUGCUCCACUCAAUAUUCCAUUUACAAAAACUGUACUUUCCAUUUUAAAACAGUCAUGUAGGAAGAAUGAUUCCAUUGCGUUAAAGCAUCUCGAUUUGAAUAUUGGAAACUUGAGUUCACACAUUUCCAUGAUGGAAAUUCUUAACUAUUGCAAGUACUUGUUGUGUAUAAAAACACCUCACGCUGCUGGUCGAGAGGGAACCGCCUCCACAAAGAAGAUGAGUAUGUUGGAGUCGUUUAAAUGUAGUGUUCCCUUCACUGAUAUUGGAGAAGUACAACUUUUCAUUUACAUGAUCAAGAAUAGUGAUUGGCACAUCAAUCACAAGCUCAAAGAAUUGGUGUUAUCUGUGAACAUGGCUAAAUUGUUAGAAUCGUGUACCAGUUUGGAAAUUUUGAACAAGCUUUUGAAAAAGCUAAUGAGAGAACUUGAGAGACUCCGUUCUGUGAACAGACUCAAAUUCUAUCUUAUUGACAUUGCGAGAUGGGAUUGUUUAAGCUGGCUCAUGUCAAGCUCAUUCUUGGACGACCUAGAAUUAGAAUUGAUUGAAGUCUCACCUUUUAUUAAGGGCUCUGAAUUGCUUGUCUCACCAAUAUCGAAAUGUAAGCGCCUUCAUUUAAGUUUCAGUGACUGUUCCAUUUCUUCCACGACGCAGUGGGUGAAAAGAAAUGUACCUUUUCCAAUGCAUGCUUUUAAAUAUUUGAAUGAGUUACACGUGAAAGGACUUGACAACUCGAAACUUUUGACCACCUUGUCUAUCGCACAUUGGAUGCCAAUGAUGAAUUUGAGAAAAUUGCGAAUUGACAAAAUGGAAUUGUGUGACAUCCACACGACGAGUAGAAAUGACAGUGUGAUAUUUCCAUCAUUGGAGGAAGUACAAUUAGGAGAUUGUACCAUUUCCAUUUCGAACACGCUAUUUUCGUUUUUUGGAACUAAUUUGAAAGUCAUUACUGCCAAAAAGUGUUCCAUCGCUCAAUUUCCAAGGCUCACACAUUUUUGCAAGCUCCAAGUAAUUCGAUUUGAAGAAUGCUCAUCACUCUCCAAUGUUGAUUGCAAGUCUAUUGAAAAUUUACAUUACUUGACAGUACUGAGCUUUGCUUGUACUUUAUUGAAAAUAGUUGAGAAUUUACACAUUUUAGAAAGUUUGGAAAAUUUAGUGAGCAUUGAUUUUAAUGGCUGUCGACAUUUCGAUCUAUAUUCUGAGCAGGAAAACUCAACUCCGUGUGAUUUAUCCUCUCUCAAUAUUUCACGUUUGCAAAAACUGGAAUUUCUCAAUAUGGACAAUGUAUUGAUUAUGAAUUUUGUGAAUUUUUCAUCUUUACAUGAAAGUUGGGCUAAACAAAUUCACAAAAUGUGGUUCGAAAUUAGCACAAAAUUAACAACUCCCAUUCAACUUGAUAAGAUGUGCACCAAUGAUUCAAGUAUUCGCCAAACAAAUGCACUGAAAAGUAUUUUCGAACACAACAACAAAUCAUUACCAACAUCAGCAUCACCAAGACAUCAUGUCUUUGCAUCACCUUACGUAUCGACCAUGCCACAUCCAUCUACUCGUCUGAAAUCUCCCUCAACCACCCACGACAUUACAGCAGCUCCUGAUUUACAAUUAUGUGCCAAUGUGUGUCUUCAUUAUCUAAAACGAAAAUGUGAAUUUAUGGAAAUGGUACACGGGUACGAAAAUAUUUUCACAUCGGAACAACCCAUUGGAAGACUGACUGUAGAUUAUGUGUUUACCACUCAACAACUGGUUCAUAUCAUGUAUUCUUUCCAUUUUGGAAUUAUCACAACGACUGCAGACUGGAUGGGCUCUCUCAAAUGUCUCAAUAAUAAGGAAUUAACAUUUUGGAGUGCUCUCGAUCGAAAUAUUUCAUUGGACAAGAAAACUCGUCAAUCGUUUCUAUUUUCCAUGCCCAUUCGUUCGAAGGAUAUUUUAGAGGAUCCUCAUGAAGACAAGUUGACGACUCAUUGUAGAAGUGUGAUCACAGAUCAUCAACAUUCUGACUUGCAAAAAUAUUCAGGAUUUGGUUCAUCUUCCAGUAUGAAUGUAGAUGGAGAGUGUCUCAUCAUGUAA